AUCUUGUUGACCUCAGCAUGCCUUAUAGCCACAUUAAACAAUUGUGGGAAGGAAUCAAGGUUCUAGAAAAAUUAAAAUUCAUGAAUCUCAGGCACUCUAGAUAUCUACGAGAAACCCCGGAUUUCUCUGGGGUCGUCAACCUUGAACAGUUAGUUCUUGAAGGUUGUACAUCUUUGUGUGAGGUUCAUCCUUCUCUUGUAGUUCUGAACAAACUCAAUUUCCUGAGUUUGAAGAACUGCAUAAUGCUGAAGAGUCUUCCAAGCAACAUUUAUAAUCUAAAAUCUCUCGAAACCUUUGAUGUUUCUGGUUGCUCAGAUUGUGUGAACUUAAAAUGGCUAAAGGAGCUCUGUGCAGACAAAGGAACACCAUCUACCUCACACUUGAUGCCAAGGAGUUCAAAUUCCAUUUGUUUCAUGUUGCCUCCUUUCCCAGUUUUGUGUUCCUUAACAAAACUAAACCUAACAAACUGCUUUAUAUCAGAUAGCGCAAAUCUCGGUAAUCUUGGCUUCUUAUCUUCGCUGAAAUCCUUAAAUUUGAGCGGAAACCACUUUGUUACUUUGCCUUCGAGCAUCAACCAACUUUCUCAACUGAAAUGGCUGGGGUUGGAAAAUUGCAAAAGACUUAAAGCACUCCGGGAGCUUCCAUCAAGCAUAGAAGAGAUCAAUGCACAUAAUUGCACAUCAUUAACCACACUUAGCUCUGGCUUCAAACUGAAGGGGGAUCCCUUGUUGCCCCCACUUGAGCCUGCUUCCCCAGAGCUAGAAACCAGUAUUCCAGAGUUGUUAAAAGCUGCAUUCAGCCUUGUUAUUCCUGGGAGAAGAAUACCAGAUUGGAUCGGGAAUCAGGACUGGGGUAGUGAAAUAGAAUUAGAGCUACCUCCAAGUUGGUUUAAUUCCAAUGUCCUGGCUUUUGCUUUUGCUGUAGUCUAUAGUUUCCCACUUCCGCUCAGUCACAGGAGCAGUGGUUGGGUUAGUGCAGACUGCAACUUCUAUUCCCAUCACAGUUCUUGGCACUAUGCUGUCUAUCCUCAGACUACUCUAAGGGGAGGAUUGGAGUCAGAUCAUUUGUGGCUGCUUUGUGUACCAUUUCCCUCUUCUAUCAAUUUUGAUGAAGUGAUUCGAAUUAAGGCUUCAUUUGACAUUUUACUCCGAAUAGGAGUUUGUGCAAUUAAGAAGUGUGGGAUUGAUCUAGUGUACAGGAAUGAAGAGGUGAAUGGCACAAUAUAG